UUCUUUCCUUCUCUCUCUCUCUCUCUUUCUCUCUCAAUUACGAUAGAAACGAUAAAUCGUGGAGGAAAGUAUACGCAAGAAUUAAAAAAUCAAUCGUAUCAUGGAAAUAGGUUAGAUUAUUUUUGUUCACAAUAAUUGAUCGUUAUAUUCUAUUACAAAUUUAAAUAGGAUUUUAUUGUUUAUUGUUAAAAUCGAUUGAAAAGACUGAGAUGACGAUAUACUCGAUAUCAUAGAACGCACGAUAGUGAUUGCAUGUCUCGACAGUGUUCGAUGGUUCGAUGUUCAUUGACGACGAUUCUACACGAGAAAACGACAUCUAAGAUAAAUAUUAUUCAAGAUUUUUCAUACAGAGGACUCAUAUUUUUUAUUUCAAUACUAAUAUAUAAUAAAUAAUUUCAUCCAAAGUAUAGAAAUAAAUAUAUAAAUAACGAACGAAAAAAUGGACACUGACGUUGAAUCUUGUUUAAAAGAUUGGAAGGACUUGGCACGAGAUUAUAAGGAGUUGGAGGUACUAAAUAGGGAAUAUCUUGCUAAAUUAGAAGAAGUUAGAGAGUUACAAGCAAAAUGUGUUAAAGGAAUCUCUCAUCAAAGAUAUAGAAUGAAUAUUAUUUCUAAAUCUCUAAAACAGCUUCAUGAGAAAAGUACAAGAAUGACGUUAGAUAAAGAUAUGAUAAGAAGAGAACAACAAUUACAUGAAAUGGAACAAACUUUACCAAAACCAAACGGUGUAUAUCUUCAAAUUAUAUUAGGCAGUGUUAAUGUUUCUAUAUUGAACAAAAAUGAUAAAUUUAAAUACAAGGAUGAAUAUGAAAAAUUUAAAUUAGUAUUAUCUGUGAUUGGUUUUGUGCUAUCUGUUUUAAAUCUUUUUACUAAUGUAAGAACAUUGGAACUGAGUUUGAUGUUCCUUCUAGUCUGGUAUUAUUGCACAUUAACAAUAAGAGAAAGUAUUCUUAAAGUAAAUGGAUCAAGAAUUAAAGGCUGGUGGCGAUUUCAUCACUUUCUCUCUACUGUAGUGUCGGCUGUUUUAUUAGUGUGGCCAAAUACAGGUGCUUGGUAUGCAUUUCGUGGUCAAUUUAUUUGGUUCAAUGUAUAUAUUAGUAUAGUACAAUAUCUACAAUUUCGUUAUCAACGGGGUGUACUUUAUCGUUUAAAAGCAUUAGGUGAAAGACAUAAUAUGGAUAUUACUAUUGAAGGUUUUCAUUCUUGGAUGUGGCGUGGACUAUCGUUUCUCCUUCCAUUCCUAUUUGUUGGAUACUUUUUCCAACUUUAUAACGCUUAUAUAUUAUAUGUUUUAAUAUCACAUCCAGAGGCUACUUGGCACGUUUCGGUUCUCAGUGCUAUGUUCUUGAUAUUAUUCUUAGGAAACGUCACUACAACCGUCAUGGUCAUUCCACAAAAAUUAAGAGAACAGGUUAAGGAUCAUCUUCCCGGUGUAUUUACUAAUAAAUCUGAUCGCAGAAAGGAUGUUGUCAAGGAGGAAAUUAAAACCGAUAAUAAAAGUGAUUAAAAAGGACAUCGAUAGAUCUAUAAUAUCGAUCAAAAACAAAUAAAAGUGGUUUUGUUCAUUUAUAUAUAUAUAUAUAUAUAUAUAAAU